AUGAGUGACAAAUUAAGUGUCUAUCUCGUUGCUAGAAGUAGCAAAGUGAAAAAUAAAAUACUAUUAAGGUUAUUAGAAUCUUUGAAUUGUUCCAUAUGUCAUGAUUAUAUGUUUGUCCCCAUGAUGACUCCCUGUGGACAUAAUUUCUGUUAUGGUUGUUUAAAUAACUGGAUAACUGGUGGUUCAAAGGAUUUAAAUUGUCCUCAAUGUAGAUCCACAAUUAAUGAAGCUCCAAGAUUGAAUUUAAUUUUAAGGGAAACUUUGGAUUCAAUAAUUGAAUUUCUGAAUGAGAAAAAGAAAGUUUCAAGAGAUGCACAAUUCAAGAAGAUAAUGGAAAGUAAGUCUAUGGAACUUUCUAAAUAUAAAAAAGAUUUAGAUAAAGAUAAUCUAUUUGAAAGUUUUUUCAAGAAUUCAGCUAUGGCUGUUGUAGAUGAGGAUGAUGAUGAAGGAAUUCCUCGUUGUAGUAAUUGUCAUUGGGAAAUUGAUCCUGAUGAUUUGGAAGAUAAUGAUAAUGUUUGUCCACAUUGUAAUAUGAGAAUUAGAAAUUCUGUACAAAAUAUUUCAAACCGCAAUAGUGAAGUAACCAACUUAAGGACAAAUGAUGCAAUUAUUGUUGGUCUAGAUGAUGAUGAAUAUAGCUCUGAUGAAAUACAACAAAUACACGAUGAUUUGGUAAGGCAUCCAAAUGCUGAUAGUCCUGAAAUUUAUUCAGACUCUGAUUUAGAAUCUGACAGUAAUGAAGAUGAAGAGAGCUUAAUACCGAGAAAGCAAUCAAAUAAACAUCGCGAUAACUUCUAUGAUGAUGAGGCAUCUGAAGAUUAUGAUGAAGAAGAUAAUCAUACGAAAAUAAAUAGAAACGAAGAUCGGAUAAGUAUCAAUUCAGCUGAAGAUUCGGAAGAUGAUUCAGAUUUAGAUGGGUUCAUUGAGCAUGAUGACGAUGCGCUACGUGAUGAUGGAGGAAUUGUGGUAAAUGAAGCUGGGCAUAUUAGUAGUAAUGAUGAGGAAGAGCAAAAUAGUGACUAUUAUGAGCAUAAUGAUGAUGAAGGAUUUGUUAGUGGAGAUAGUUUAAACGAUGAAUCAGAUGAGUCUGAUCAUUUAGAGGAACAUGAUGAUGAGGAUGAUGAGGAUGAUGAUGAGGAUGAUGAGGAUGAGGAUGAUGGUGAUGACGACGACGACGACAGAGAUGAAGAACGAAGUCGAAAACGACAAAGAAGGUCAAGAGUGGUUCUUGACGGUAGUGAUGACGAGUAA